CUACGCUAAACCUCUCCUGGUGGCUUCUCUCCGGCGGCCGGCGGGAGACCUCGUCCUAGACUUUUCUCUUCCAACAACGCGAGAGGAAGAACUCCCCACCAAACUCCACCCUCAGUUCCUGACUCUUUUUUCCAAUCCUUCCGGUUUCUACCAGAAAAAAGACAAGCACUCUUCCGUUACCCUUUCCUCUCGCCUCUCCUCUUCGCCACUCUGCAUUGCUAGGGUUAUUGUUCCUCUCCUCAGAGAAACCCCGACAAGAGAUGCAUCCCUUCUUCCCCUCUCUCCCCAAUCAAAUCCAAUCGCAUGGAAGCGCCAAUCAACCUGUCCAACAGGCGAUGCUGUUAAACCCUACUCAAUUCCCAUCUCAAGGCCUAAACCCUCGAUUUCCAACUCCACCGAUGGCUAAUUUCAAUAAUCAAAGUUCCAAUUUGGGAAAUUUCAGCGGAAACCCCAUGGGCAUGCGGAACUGGCCUCUUUCGAUGCCUUGUCCUUCCUUGUCGAAUGGCACCGACGUGCCUCCCCUGGCCCAGAAUAAUCAGAUGGGUGUUCUUCCACUACCGGGGCCAUUUGGUGUGAAUCAGGCCGUGGGAACUUUGAAUCAGGUUAUGGCAUUGCAUCUGCUCAGGCAGCAAAAUCUGAACUUUCUUGCUUCAUUGCAACCGGGCAGCACCUUUUUGGCCAAUAAUCUGCCUCGGAACAUCAACCAGAUUGUGGGUCUGCCGAAUGAGCAGGUUCAUUUGCAAAAUCUAAUGAUGCAAAGGAAUCGGAUCAAUGCUCUCAGCAUUCCUCCAUCCUCUCGUCCUACAGGCUCUAACAACCCAGGCUUUGUUGAUUGGCAAGCCUAUCACCCGAAGCCCGAUGCAGAAUCAUCAGAAUGGGAAGGAUAUGCAACAAAGUGGGCACCAGCAGCCGCAGGUGAAUUCUGCUGAAGAUGGUGAAACAAAUGUCCUCGCCGAAAAUUCUGCUCGUAAGAACUUUACAAGAAAUCUACGUGGAUAUGGAGAAAUAGAAUCAUCAUAUAUGAGAUUUCAGAAAUCUCAAUUUCAUCAUUCAAAAAGUGCAAAUGGAAGUCAGAGGCCAUUUAAUAAGCCUGGUGGAAGAGGACAGGACACUUGGAGAGAAAGAAAACCUCAUCUUGCAAUUUAUAAUACACCAGCUAGGGCUGGAAGCCAAAGGCACCUUCCUGUAAACUACACUGAAAAUGAAAUCCGGCAGUGGCGUGAAGCACGUAGAAAGAACUUUCCAACCAGAGCCAACAUAGAGAAGCAAUUAACUGGAAGCGGCAGAAGUAAUGAAGAUGCUGCUGGUGAUGCCAAACUAUGCCGCCAGCAACCGAAGGAAGUUUUAGCCAAACAGGCAGAAUUGGGUGUCGAAGUUGCUGAAAUACCUCCCAGUUAUCUUUCUGAACCCGAGAACCUACCUGAAAAUGAAAAUGAGAGGAAAACACAGCAUGUGACUGAGCGAUUUCCAAACAAAUACAAUAAUAAGAGGGGCAGGAAUGGUCAGGUUAAGAGGAAUGCUAAAAAGCCGAAUCUGACAAGUGAGGCAUUCACUGAUUCUUCUCCCACUGUUACGAAAAGGGAACCAACCCUUCUGCAGAAGCUUCUGAGUGCUGAGAUAAAGAGAGACAAGAGACAGCUGUUGCAAGUUCUCAGAUUUAUGACCUUAAAUUCUUUCUUUGAUGGUUGGUAUGAUAACCCUUUGGAGUUUCCAGAGAUUACCGUAAAAGGUGCAGGAUUGGAGAGUGAAAUCGGUUUGCAGAAGAGUCCAUCAUUGAAUAGAGUGGAUGUUGCUGAUUCCGGAGCCAACAAGAAUUUGUUAAUCAAGGAAAUCAAAUGUAAAAAAGAUUUGAGUGUAGUUAACAAGGCAGAAAGUGAGUCCAGCGAAGGUGACAAAGCAGAAAGCAAAUCCAGUGAAGAUGAUGGUGAUAGUGCCAGUGAUGAGGAUGAAGUGGGUUACAACCAUAUGCACAAGGAGAAUUCUAUUGAACUAGGAAAGCAGGAUGAGAAGAGAUCAGUAAUUAAAGCAAGAUCAUGCAGUCAUUCGAUACCUAGUUUGGAAUAGCCAAUGUAUGAUUUUAUAACUUAAUUUUCAUCUUGCACUAGGGUUUUGGAAAGAUGGUUUUUAUUUUUUAUUUUUUCCUCCUAUCCUCUCAUGCUGUUGAAGCAUCUGCCAUGGUACAUGGAAUGCCAAUUGCCAUGAAGUUAGGGCUUGAGUUUUGCAGUGGAAUUCUUAUUUAGCUUGUUGGAUAGUGUUGCAGAAUGGUGCCUGUCGGCAACGAUCGUUCAGGCUUAUAGGAGACAGAGCUAUGACAUGUAAUUUCGCACAGUGGGCAAAGGUGGAGAGGUGUAGGACAACUAAUGGAUACAACAUUGGAGUGUUACCAUUCA